CUCUCUCUUUUUCACUGUCUUUUUUUCACUCCCUCGCUCACUCCAUUCCCUCAUUUCAGUGAGCGAGCAGUGUGAGCGCAGGCUGUCCCGCACCCGGAGGCACCCAGAAUGCGAGGAAUCUACCUCGCUGUCCCGGAGUGAAGGAGCGGGUGGAGGUGGAGGUGGAGGGGCAGGACGGAGGACGGAGUGGACUGAAAGGAGCUGAGUGGACGGGACAGCAGGACAGAGCUGGUUAAGAGGGGAAAAGAACUGAAGAACUGUUUGGAGAUCUGCUGUACCCCUGUAAUUUGGGUACCACUGUUCCAUCCAUUGUCCUCAUCUAUUGUCCCCACAUUGUCCCCGCACUGUCCCCCAUCCUGGUGCAGCAGAGGACAUGGGGUGCCUACUCUUGCCCUGCCUGUGCUCUCUGUUGUUUUGCCUGAGGCUGCCGGGCGGCGUGGAGCCGGCUGUCCCGCUGCAUGACUUCUACCCCUUUGGCGAGGAACAUGGGGACACUGUGACCAUCAAGCAGGACGACGGAGGUUCAGGAUUGGUGGACAUCUCUGUGGCGUUCCCGUUCUUCGGAGACUGGCACAAUGGACUCUAUGUAAACAACAACGGUCUGGUCUCCUUUCUGAGGGAAGUGUCCCAAUUCACUCCAGUGGCUUUCCCCAUCGCCGGAGAUCGACGGGUGGUCGCCCCAUUCUGGGCUGAUGUGGACAACCGACAAGCUGGGAAGGUGUUUUACAGAGAGAGCAAAGACCCUGCCAUCCUCAAGAGAUCUACAGAAGAUAUCCAUCUAUAUUUCCCAGAAUUCCCCUUGUUCUCAGCCACUUGGGUCCUCGUCGCCACAUGGCAUCAGGUCACAUAUUUUGGUGGGAGCUCAAUCACUCCGGUGAACACCUUCCAGGUAGUGCUGAUCACAGACAGCAAGCUUUCAUUCACCAUUUUUCACUACCACAACAUCACCUGGACCACAGGAAUGCAUGCCAGCAGUGGGGGUGAUAUCGCCGGCCUGGGUGGAAUCGCUGCACAGGCAGGUUUUAAUGCCGGAGAUGGAAAGCGAUAUUUCAACAUUCCUGGCUCACGCACAGAUGAUGUCGUGGAGGUAGAGACCACCACAAACGUGGGCUAUCCAGGCCGCUGGGUCUUCCGCAUUGAUGAUGCCCAGGUGCAGGUGGGCAGCUGCAAUGACUCAGCUUCUGUCUGCCCAAAUCUGAGGCCCUGUCUGAAUGGCGGCCGCUGCAUUGAUGACUGCAUCACUGGAAACCCUUCCUUCACUUGCUCUUGCUUGGCUGGCUUCACUGGGCGCAGGUGCCAGAUAGAAGUGGAUGAGUGUUCCUCGUACCCGUGUCAGAAUGGAGGGACGUGUGUGGACCGGAUCAACAGCUUCAUUUGCCAGUGUCCACCUGGGUUUACAGGAAGCUUGUGUGAAACAGACAUUGACGAGUGCCAAGAGAGUCCAUGCCUCAACGGAGCGCGGUGCAUCGAGGGUGUCGGCAGCUUCACCUGUGAAUGCCAGGCAGGUUACACCGGGCCCGUGUGUGAGACAGACAUUAACGAGUGUGAGUCCAUGCCAUGUCUGAACGGAGGGGUGUGCGAGGACCGGGUGAAUAACUACACCUGCACCUGCUUGGCUAACUUCACUGGACGCCACUGUGAGACACAGAUAGAGACAGUAGAGUUAGUGGUUGUGACCAAUUCCUCCAGUACUGAUGGUGUAAAUCAGACAGCUUCCUGUGAGGGACAGGACUGCGAGAGCCGGCGGAGCUGCAAGAAUGUCGGCCCUGGAAGUUUCGAGUGCACCUGCAAUCCUGGCUACUACGGCGAAAACUGCGAAGAAGAGUGCCUGUGCCAGAAUGGGGGUGUUUGUGUUGAUGUAAACGGUACCUGUGAAUGUCCGUCAGGCUUCACUGGACUCUACUGUCAGUUUGAAGUAACUCAGACCCCAUGCAGUAACAACAGGCCAUGUCCGGACGGGGGCCCGUGUCUGGAGUACGGAGGCACGUAUCUCUGCACGUGCCAAACUGGCAUCGACUUCGACCACAAGGAUGCCUACCCUUAUGUACAGCCCCGAUCGGCCUGCGAUUCCUCGCCGUGUCAGAAUGGAGGAUACUGCUAUGAGCGCGACGGAGGAUACGUCUGCGAGUGCAAGCACGGCUACCGGGGGAAACACUGUGAAAUAGUCAGAUUAAGUAUGUGUGCCUCUAGCCCCUGCCGGAACGGAGGAUCCUGUAAGGAGGAAGCUGGCAGCUACCACUGCGCGUGUCCGUACAGAUUUACUGGGAAACACUGUGAAACGGGAAAGCCAGACCCCUGUGCGGCGGGUCCGUGCAUGAAUGGAGGGACGUGUUUUCACUACAUUGGGAAGUACAAGUGCGAGUGCUCUGGAUCCUACAUGGGACGACAUUGUGAGAUCAGCAGAGGAGCAAAUUCAGCUUCGGACGGACGAGACUGUGGACCCCCUCCUAAGGUGAAGCAUGCUGAGGUGCAGUUUUCCUCCACCAGCCCGGGUUCUAUAGCACUGUACGCCUGCCACCCAGGAUACACACCGGUACCCAGGGCCACCCAGAGCAUCUGCAGCAGCCAGGGCUCCUGGAGUCAGCCCCCCGUCUGCGAAGAAAUAAACGAGUGUUUGUCUCAGCCGUGUAUGAAUGGAGGCACGUGUCGGGACAGGGUGGCAUCCUUUCUGUGCGAGUGUGAGUCUGGGUUUACCGGCCUGCGCUGUCAGACAGAUCUUGAUGAGUGUCUCUCGGAGCCGUGUAAACACGGAGGAACUUGUGAGGACCAGCCGGGCUCCUACUUCUGCCACUGCCAGCAGGGCUACACAGGACAGGACUGUGAAACAGAGCAGGACGGGUGCGAGUCGAACCCCUGUCUGAAUGGAGGUGCGUGUCGGGGGUACCGGAGGAGCCACCUGUGUGUGUGUAAGGACGGGUACUCCGGGGAUCGCUGCCAGACCUUGGAGAACCCCUGUGUAUUACAGCCGUGCGGGACCCGGGGUUUCUGCCGCAGUGACAGGAGGGGGAAUUACAGCUGUGCCUGCAGGGUGGGACACACAGGCCGGGACUGUGAGAGAGACCUGCUUCCUCCCUCCGGUCUGCAUGUGCUGCGGGUGGAGGACAGUGAGGUGGAGCUGCGCUGGGAUCAGUCCGACAUCACUCAGAACCUGAUCAGCGGUUUCGCUGUUGCUUAUGCACCUAUCGGACGAGGCCCUCGCAAAACAGACUUCCUGGAGAGGCAGCACUCCACCUACAUCCUGCAGGGCCUGAGCCCGGGUCAGCUCUACAACAUCUCCACCUUCUCCGUCAAACGCAACACCAACAGCAACGACAUCAGCCAGCCUGCCUUCGCCCUCAUACGCACCAGGCCGCGGAAGGUGGAGCAGCUGCAGGUGGUGAAUGUGUCCUCCUCUCAGGUGUGGCUGCGCUGGCUGGUGCAGGCCGGCCGGCACGCUGCAGUCAGUCUAGUGAGGAUAUCUCUGGUUCCCUCUGAUGGCAGCAGCCCACGAACAGCUAUCCUCAAUGCCAGCGUCACAGACUACACCUUCAGUUCUCUGCUGCCGGGUCAGAUGUACACUGUGGAUGUGCUGACACAGAGCGGAGUCCACCCAGAGGACCUGCCCUCCACCAGCCACUCCGCUGGACCCCUGCUCUUCUGGACCAAACCCCUGCCACCCCAGAACCUCUCCCUGUCCUAUGUGUCCACCACCUCUGCUCGGGUCACGUGGGACCGGCAUCCUCGGAGCGUCCCCGACGGCUUUGUGGUGAACGUCACGCGUGGCCUGAGCACCCGGAGCCGCUACCUGCCGGACGGAGCCCUGGGGACCUACACCCUGCGGGACCUGAGCCCCGGCCAGCACUACCGCCUCGCACUGACCGCCAUCAGAAACACUGGACAGGAGCAGAUCCACAGUGUCGCCCAGCACCUAGCCUUCACCACACUACCUCUGGAGGAGCAGGGUAAAGGCGAGAGAGCUCAGGGAGGUCGGGACACAACCAGCGGGCGUCCUGUGGUCCGGCCUAAACUACAGGAUCUGAGCACUGAUAAAGACAGAGAACUCUCAGAGGAGCUGCCCAGAUACACAGAGCUGAUUGAUGGCAGGGGGAGGAUAACAGCAAAAUUCACCAACUUACCUCGCAAAGCCAUCCGUCACCGAACAAAACCUGAACCUCCAGUUAAAUUAGAGAGGAUGGAGGAAACGACCAAUAAGAUUAGCCUGGCUCUGGAGAUCCCGGAAGAAGCGACGAGGAGGAAAAGUGAAUCUCAGCGGGACUGCAGGUCGCAUCCAUGCCAGAACGGAGGAACAUGCGUCCACAGCAGCGACACCCACAGCUGUGACUGUCCUAACAGCUUUAAGGGCAGACAGUGUGAGCUGUAUUGUCAGCGAAUACCACACCCAUGCACUCGUCUCUACUCUGAAACGAAGAGUGUGCCCGUCUGGGAGGAUGGAGUCUGCCAUUAUCUAUACAAAAGAACGUAUAAAGUCCAGCAAGAUGUUUGUUAUAGAGAGAUCUGUGAGCCUCUGCUCCCUAAGAAAACUCCUAACCGAAGACCUCAAAGGCUACAACAAUAAAGGAGGUUGGAUAUGCAGUACCAUGGGCCUCAGAUCUUACAGACUCUUCUUACAGAACUCAAACACAGAACCAUCACACGCAGAGUCAGUGACCGAGCAGUUCUACGGACAGUUUCUACACAUCUCCAGUUUUGUAGAUGAUUGUGUACAGUACAUUCUAGCAGUUACCCUGCAUCAGAUAUCAUACCUCAGAUGGAAAUGUUUUAUGAUAUUGAAAUUACGUGGCUGAGUAGUCCCUCAGGGAAUUUCUGUAAAUGGUAACCUGUUGCAUCUCCAUCCUACACCUCCUGCAUCUCAUACAGCCUUCCAAAUAAACAGGUGAUAAAAAUGACUCUUCCCUCCACACCCACUCAACUACAGCAUGAACAGUACUGGAAGACUGCCGCAUUAGUCUCUGGGUUUGUAUAAAUCAGACUCCUCUGCUAGCUAUCCUGUAAAUAGUGUUUAUAGGUUGUUUUGUAGGUGAAUAUUUUAAUAAUAAAAAAUAUAAAACUUU